AUGCUGGGACCCAAUCCGGCGAUGAUACAGCGCUGCUUCGGCGACAUGGAGGCUCAACAGCUGCCUCUCGUGCUGAUCCAUGACGGCGGGGGAACCUGUUUUGACUACCGCCUCUUGGAGCGGCAAGGCCGUGCAGUGUACGCGAUUCACAAUCCUCGCUUCCGCAGCGGGCGGCCGUGGAAGGGAGGGAUCCGAGAGAUGGCAGGGGUCUAUGUCGAGCUGGUGAGGAGCCUGAUGCCCCAGGGUGGCGCCAUCAUUUUGGGUGGGUGGUCGCUGGGCGGCAUGGUGGCCUUGGAGAUGGCCAAGGUGCUCGAGGGGGAUACCGAGGUCGGCGUGGCCGGGGUGGUCAUGGUGGACAGCGUGGCCCCAAGCGAGCAGGGCGGUCCGACCCGCUCAGCUGCCGAGGCGUGGCUUCCUAAUCAGAUACGAUUACCCGAUCUAAGCAUGUCGUGUCCGGCCGAGAUUCGCGUCGGGGUGUUUCGGUCGCUCAAACAAGCAUCAACGCUCGUCUCAGCGUGGACGCCGCCGACAUGGGACGUUGGCAAUCCAUCGGUUUGGGUUCAGGGCGGCGUCGAGGCUAGCGCUGGCGAGCACACGGUGCCCUGCACCCCCGAUUUCUUGGCAGCGUCGCCGCGGCUGCGAGGGCCUUCCUUGGCAGCUGACGAUGGCGAUGGCGCUAGCGGCCGGAAGUUGACGUUGGAUCUGACAACGACAGAACGGACGAGAGGCAAACGGCAGACCAGGCGGCGACCCAUGGUUGUCCUCUUGCGAGCGAUGGGACGAGUUCCCUCGCCGCGCGGGGUGACGAGCCGCCUUAACCGGCAAAGCGACGAGUUGCAGGGGCCUUGUGGCGGUCGGACGGCGGCACAUGUUCAGCGGCAGAUGCGAAGGAUUCCGGAGCGCCCACCAGGGGCUGACAUGGUUGCGUGGGGGCUGUCGCAUACCGAGACCGAAUUCGAAGGCGAGGUCGAGUGA